CGUACAUUGCACGUACGACCACGUCGAAGGAGACCUCGGCCGCGGCCGAGCCACCAUGCUUGGGCGUACGUGGCCGCUGCCGUGGCCCUGGUCGCUGGCAGCUGGCGCCGACGACGUCCCAUGGCAGGCUGCUGGAUCGCGCACGUGUGGCCGCGCGACGAGGACCAGAAUCCCACUUUGCACCAGCUGGCAGGUCGAUGGGUGCCAUAUUGGCCGCAGUUGAGAAUUCACCGAUGGCGAUCGCCGUCAGCUACCGGUCGCUCGAGGGCGCGCGCGUGAACGCCAUCAACGCGGUCGACGGCAAGGGCCGGACAGCGCUUGCCCGCGCCUGCCACGACGGCAACUUUGCAGAGGUGCUGCAGCUUCUCGCGCACCCGCACAUUGACAUUUCGCUCGAAGACGACUCGGGCAUGUCGCCGAUCGAGUGGGCCAUCAAGCACAACCACCACGCGUGCGCAAGCCUCGUGCGCAAUGAAGCGUACUUCCGCGCGUCCCACCGCGACAACGCCUUCCAGACGCACCUGCACGCCGAGCUGCAGUGCGCGGACGCGGUCUUUGACGAGCGGCUCUUCCGCCAGGCGGUCGAGACAGACCCGUCGGCCGCCAUGAAGUACCUCGACCAGUUUGCGUCUUCGGACCGGUACUACUACCACUUCUCGCAGCUCGACGCGAUUUACGGCCGGAAGAACGUCAAGUCGUCGGCGCUGUAUGCGAUUUUGAACAGCAACAUCUUGCCGGCGCAGGACGAGGCCAAGUACGUGUGCCUCCAGCACGUGGUCAUGCAGCGCAUCCUCGACAUCAAGUGGGAGCUCUUCGCCGAGCGCAUGUACUACUUCCAGCUGCUCAUUUUCGGACUCAUGAUGACGGCCAUGACCAUGGUCAUCGCGUCCUCGUACGCGAUCGCCGUCUACAUUGAGAAGGAGCAGCUCGACGAGGUCGUCGACGAGGACUCGACGACCGGCGUCACGAUCCGGCUCAUGUUCCACCUCUGGAGCCUUGUGUGCAUCUACUGCCUCGUCGCCAAGGCGCAGCUCCGCGGCCUCACGCCCGAGUACCUCUACCGCCUCGCGCGCUGGCAGCACGACGGCGUCUGGGCACCCUUCGACCGCAACAUCACCAUUCCGUCGCUGUCGCUGCACAAGUCGUACGCCAAGUGGUACCUCUUCAAGCUCUCGAUCGUCGUGACCGUCCUCUUCGCGACGCCGUGGUGCGCCUACAUUGGAUUUGGCUUUACCGGCGCGCUCGGCAUCGAGAAGCUCGGCUUUAUGGUGCUGGCGACGGUCAUGUCGACCGCCGGCGUGCUCCUCGUGACGGCGCUCUACUUUCUCUUGCUCGAGUACCGCGAGAUCCUCGGCGAGGACCCGUGGAUCCACGAACGCCGGGCGAACGCGGGUCUCUGCGGCUGGCUGUUCUGGACGUUUGUGCUCGUCUUCUUGCUGCCGCUCGCGACGCCGUUCAUGCGCCGGUACAAAAAAUACUUUGGCUCGUGGUUCAACAUUCUCCAGCUCCUCACGUACAUGUGCAUCGUGCCCUUUGCGCUCCUCUCGAUCCUCUGCCUCGUGCCUGAGUUCCAGGGCCUCAUCAAGGACGUCUACCUCUGCCUCGGCGCCUUCAUCACGCUCAGUCUCUGGAUGCUCUCGCUCCAGUACCUCGAGGUCAACAAGACCGCCGGGUACCUCCUCCCGAUGCUCAUGGACGCGCUCGGCGACGUGUGGGACUUUGUGGUCUUCUACGGCGUCUUCCAGUGCGGCCUCACAUGCGCCUUCUACUUUAUCUUUCAGCAAAAGUCGGACAACUACAAGACGCUCUGGGCGAGCUUCCGGACCACGUACUUUGUCUUGUACGGCGACAACAACGUCGACGACUUUGCCGAGACGGACCUCGAAGGCGACCGCCGUGUGCUGGACGUCAAGUGGGAGCUCUUUGGCGCCCGCAAGUACUACCAGCAGCUGCUCUUGUACGUCCUCAUGAUCGGCGCCGUGCUCACGACGGUCACGUACGACUUUCGAAUGCGAGCCGCCGUCAUCGCGUCGCGGGCCAUCGAAGACGACGAGCGCGAGGCCGUCCAGCGCGCUCGCAAGCUCAUCUACUCGUUUCCCGUGCAGCUCACGCUGUGGCUCAUCGUGGUCAUCUUUGCCUUUUUCGCGUUUGUUCAUCUGCGCCACCUCAAGCCGCACAAGUUCACCAAGCUCACGCGCUGGAUGUACGACGGCAAGUACGUCUUCGACCCGGCGUUUGCAAUCCCCGAGGCUGCUGUGUACAAGGCCAAGGCCAAGGCGUGGCUGCUUCGGCGCACGAUUCUCUGGACCGUCCUCGUUGCGACGCCGAUCGUCGUGGUGUACGCCCUGCGUCGCCAGGAAGGCAACAGCAUGCCCGAUUUGAUCCUCGCGAUGUCGGCCUUCCUUGGCUACUGGCUCAUUGCCUUCUACUUUCUCCACCUCGAAGUCCAGGAGCUCCUUGGCGAAGACCCGUGGCUCGUCCAGCGCCGCGCCAAGGCCAACCUUUUCGGCAAGGUGUUUUGGUCGAUUGUCAUCAUCUUCUACGUGCCGAUCACGCCGUUCUUGAUGUCGUACCGCAAGUACUAUGCGUCGUUCACCAACAAGCUCCAAGUGAUCACGUACCUCUGCCUCCUCGGGCCCUUUUUCUGGCUCCAGCUGGCCCAGUUAUUGAUCUCGAGUGUCAACUACGGCAAUCAGGACUGGCAGAUUGAGAUGUACACGUCGGUGAACGGCGUCUUCGUCUGCCUCGGCGCGUUCAUCAUUUUGAGUCUCUGGAUGCUCUCACUCCAGUACCUCGAGGUCAACAAGACCGCCGGCUACCUCCUCCCGAUCGUCAAGGACGUCAUGGGCGACGUGUGGGACUUCCUCAUCUUCUACGGCGUCUUCCAGUGCGGCCUCACGUGCGCGUAUUACUUUAUCUUUCAGCAAAAGUCCGACAGCUACAAGACGCUCUGGGCCAGCUUCCGCGCGACGUACUUUGUCAUGUACGGCGAGAACGGCGUCGGCGACUUCAACGCCAAGGACGACGACAAGAAGCACCUUCUCGAAGGGCCGAUCAUGCACUUUGGCUUCAUUCUGCGCAUGUUCCACUGCGCGGUCAUGGUCGUUUUGCUUCUCAACCUCCUCCUUGCGAUGAUGAACAAGACGGUCGAUCGCAACUGGGCCAAGCUCCAGUCGCGGGCGCUGGCGAGCUACGCGCGCUGCGUGCUGCGCCUCGAGACGAUGCUCGGUCGUACCGAGGCGGCCCGCGAGAAUCUGCUCCAGAUGAAAUUGCCGAAGUCGGCUGGCGGCGGUACGAUGCGCAACCCGGUCUUUCAAGAGCGCGUCGCCAAGCACGAAGUGACCGCAGCGCUGGACGGAGACGCGAAUAACGAGACGCUCGAAGCCACGGUGCAGUACCUGGCGGAGCAGAACGAGCGCUUUGGCUCGCAGCUCACGGCGCUCAACGCGUCGGUGCAGACGCAAAUGCAAACGAUCCUUCUCGCGACGCAAAAGCUCCAUCGCGAUUAAAGAGAUGCCAACAUGAGAUGGGCGACUUGCAUUUUUGCUAUAUUUUUUGUUGAUCAAACCGCCCUAUGAAUUUAUCCAACUAGACUAACGAGACGA